UUCGUGGACAAGAACGGGAGGUGCAACGUGCAGCACGGGAACCUGGGCGGCGAGACUAGCCGGUACCUCUCGGACCUCUUCACCACGCUGGUGGACCUUAAGUGGCGCUGGAACCUCUUCAUCUUCAUCCUCACCUACACCGUGGCCUGGCUUUUCAUGGCCUCCAUGUGGUGGGUGAUUGCCUACAUGCGGGGCGACCUCAACAAGGCGCAUGAUGACAGCUACACCCCCUGCGUGGCCAACGUCUACAACUUCCCCUCUGCUUUCCUCUUCUUUAUAGAGACUGAGGCCACCAUCGGCUAUGGGUACCGCUACAUCACGGACAAAUGCCCUGAGGGCAUCAUUCUCUUCCUCUUUCAGUCCAUCCUGGGCUCCAUUGUGGACGCCUUCCUCAUUGGCUGCAUGUUCAUCAAGAUGUCUCAGCCCAAGAAGAGGGCUGAGACCCUGAUGUUCAGUGAGCAUGCUGCCAUCUCCAUGCGGGAUGGCAAGCUCACGCUCAUGUUCAGGGUGGGCAACCUUCGCAACAGCCACAUGGUCUCUGCGCAGAUCCGCUGCAAGCUGCUCAAAUCUCGCCAGACCCCAGAGGGCGAGUUCCUCCCACUCGAUCAGCUGGAGCUUGACGUGGGCUUCAGCACAGGGGCCGACCAGCUUUUCCUUGUGUCCCCACUCACCAUCUGCCAUGUGAUUGAUGCCAAGAGCCCCUUCUACGACCUUUCCCAGCGCAGCAUGCAAACGGAGCAGUUUGAGAUUGUUGUCAUCCUGGAGGGCAUCGUGGAAACGACGGGUGAGUAG